AUGAAUACCUUUGCUUCACUCGCUAGGUUAGCAAUCAAGGGUGGGAAUGACAGGCCUAUAUCACUCGCAUCAGUGGAGACUGACGAAAAGGCGGCGUUCCCGGUGCAGAAUGAAAUUCAAACCGUAAGACGAAUGACCAAUUCUACAUUCGUCACGAAGCAAGAUCAGAAUUUCCAGACAUGCGGAUUGGACAUAGUCCAACAUCCCUCAAAAAUUCAUUGUCCAACGGUGGUCAAUCCUAAUGAACAAGCUAAGAAGUCAAAUCAAGAAGAGGUCCCUACAUCUCCCAAGUCCGUUGUGUUCAGUUUCGUGGUCAUCCCUACACGUCAGACAUCUUUCUCGGCAGUGAUAAUAACCUCCUCGUCCUUCACCGCCUCAGUGUUCUCAGAUGGGGAGCUUCAUCACCCCUCCCAGGACGAGAGCUCUGUACAUCGCGCGGGUGUACAGCAUCGCAAUACCCUCAUCCUCACUGCACCUGAAGAAUGUCCAGUAAUCUAUCACAGUUCUGAAUACUCCGAAGAGCGCAUCGAGUUUACGUCCGGUGUCAUAGAUGACAAAUGA